AUGCCGAACGAACAUCCCAGCUCGGCCACGUCGGGCCGCCAGUGUCCACAGAAUUGGGCACCGGAAGAGAACGCCUUGCUGGGCAGUUCAGGGAAAUCCGCGUUUUUCGCUUCAUCUUCCUCUUCGUCGACGGCGCUGACCAGCCACGUGCCCAGACACUAUUCCAGCCACGGCCGGCCGCCCCGUUCAACCACGCGAGUGGACUCCUUAGGCUUCCAAGCGGGAGAGCCCCGUCUGUCGAGUUCUACCCUUGAAAAAUCUGGCGUAACCACACUGAAUGCGCCUUCAGACACAUCCGAAAUUUCGGUCAAGUCAAAGGUGGCGCCAGGGCACGGCGGCCUGUCGCAGACAAGUUCGUCACCGCCCGAGUGUUUCCCAACCGCUGUGUUUCCUUUAGCGACCCCGCUGCUCCUUCCGACCGGCUUGCCUUUUUUACAAGACGCUGCUGACAGUGGGUUUCCCGCGGGUUUCCAGAGAAGCGUGCCAACGGGUCCCCAAGCGGUGAUUUCGGCUGUGCGGCCAACGUCUCGUUCUGCCGCUUUCUACGCGCAGUCCCGAGACAUUUCUCCCGGCACCCUGCAGUUUACGUACCAUCUGCCGCAUUCCUCUCUGCAAAGCAGAUCCACUGAAGGGCUCCCGCAUACCCGACAAAAAGUGCCAGUUCGUCGAUUUUCAGGUCAGUCUUGCGGCGUCAACGAGGCCGCCAGCGACAAGCACUCGAAUCGUUCUGUCUCACCCGGCAGCCCUUCCACCGUCAACCAGCGAUAUUCCAGCUGCCCGCUUUCUCGUCAAACAAAGUCCCUUCACCCUUCCCCACGAUCUCCGCAGGUAGUCGCAGAGUUCUGUUCGAAGACUGGCUCUUCCUUUUCCAUUCCCCAGGAGCGUUCCGAGUCCUCCGGCGCUGGACGCCGCAUGCGUUUCGAGCACCUGCCGCCGUCGACUGCGGCUCCCAGUUCCCCUCGACGGUCUCUCCACCUGCCGCCUCUCCCAGUAUCUCGGGAUCAGGCGCUCACGUCUCCUCUUGAAUCCGCCACGCUCACGUACCCGCGAACCUGCGGAGAAAGAAGCAAGAACGAGGCAUUGCCUCGCAACAGCCGACAGGCAACGAGUCUGCAUGCGCCUCAGCUGCCAGGUCGCGCCGAGCGUAAAGCCGGAGGCCGAGAUUGGGGCGUUCUGGAGUUGCCAAAACUGCAGGUUGCCACGCCGCGGGCCAAGUCAGGAUCGGCGGCCGAAGAGACUGGUCUAUCUUUUUGCGAGUCCUCUAGGGGUCAGAGUCCGUUUCGGACCCACACGCCGGGGACAGAGAGUCUGCCGGGAGACGCGCGAUCGUCGGCACCAGCACAGGGAGAGAACCUAGUCCCGGCAUGGCAAAACGAGAGCCUCGAGGAAAGAGCAAGUGGACACAGGAGUGAGGACCCCGUGCCGCGAGCUGGCGGGAAAGAGCCAUCGCCACUUUGGGGAGUUCAGGGUGGUUUGCGGCCCCGCAGUCGAUCGGGUGCUUCCCUCACCUCGUCGGACCCUCUGCUGGGUUCUGCACAAACAGAAGCUUUUGCGCAUCGGGGCUUUGUUUCGUUGGGUCCUGCCGUGAGAAACGCGGCGUUGGUAGAGUCUGAAGAACAACGACUGGCACUGGAACGCGCCUGUCAGUCCCAAGACAACGCUGUAGCUGAGAGUUCUCUCUCCACUUCGUCUCGAGCGUCUCAGUCGACUGCGCCGUCGGAUUCACGUCUGAUUCUUCAAGCGUACGCAGAGGGCCUGACGCCGUCCCCGUGGUUUGCGGCUCCAAGUCCGUGGAGCCCCGAGGCCGGGGCCGGCAGAGCGUUGUCUGCCUAUUCGCCUUCGCCUGCCUGGUCGCUGCCUCCAAUUCCCCCAACUGCGAUCUGGCACGCUCCUCCCUCGGGCGUCGCCGACCUCCAGGGCGUCUCGGGAUCCCUUCCAGCGCCUCGCAGGCCGCCGGGGUCUCUGGGGCCCCACCCGAAAAGCGGACGCCCCCCGGAGUUUCGCGGCGUGUCUCCUGCAUGCGCCGCGGAGUCCCCAAACUCCUGUGACUCUUGCGGGGCUGCAGCGGACAGGCGCGGCGGGGCCUCGCGCGCAGAUCGUGGCCAGGACGCUGAGAGAGAAGAAGCGGCGGCCGUCGGGGCGCAGAGAGAAGGAACCGGGCUGUCCGCUGGACUUCCGCCAAGUAGGCCGGCGGUCGCCAGCGCGGGCCUCUCCACAGGCGAGAGAAAACGCCGUGACAUAGCCAGACGGGGGCCCAGCGGAGAGACAGACUUGGAGCGAGUAGAAAGCUUUGAAAGUAUUGAUAGCACUAACUUCGCUCCCGUCUCGGAAGGCUCUCAGUCUCGCGAAAAAGCAGACAACGGACACCAGGCAGGCACCACUUCGGCGUCUUCUGGAUGGGCAUCUACAGAGGAGCAGGAGAUGACGAACAAACCCCAGACGGACCCCGGAGGAAGAGGUGCCGCAGUACUCGAUUACAAUCUUGACUCCAGACCUGCUGUUGAUUCGAGACUUGUCUCUGAUUGGAUACGCGCGUCUGAUUCGAGACUCGUAUCUGAUUCGAGACUUGUCUCUGAUUCAAGGCCUGUCUCUGACUCUGUCUCUCUACGAGUCAGAGAGAGUCGAGGCGGACACAGGGUGCAGGUCGACACAGAGGUCGAAAGACUGGAGCGAAGCGAAAAAGGCGAGAGGCACGCGGUUACCUCGGGGCUGCCGCUCUCUGUCGGGGCUGAAGGAAAACAGCGUCUGGCAUCUGCUGCGGAGCCUGUUGGUGCGUUGUCAGGGACAGUUGUGGGGUGUGUAGAGAGAAUGGAAACGAAAGAAGAAGAUCGGCGGUCUCCUCUGGAGCCUUCCUCGCGCAUGGACGCAGGUUCUGGGUCUCUCCCUCUGUCGUCGCCUCCACCUAAGGCAGCAGCAAGGGGGACAGGAGGCGUAGGGGCUCCACCGACCCCGAGCAAGGAGAGCAGCAUAAGGUACACAUAUGCGUCGUCUUCCCGAGCGUCGCGUGGAGACGCGUCCAGCGCCUCGCAGUCGCCGCAUGCAUCGCCCGAAAGGUUGAGGGGAAAGGGUCUUGCUGGCGUCGUGUGCGCGGCGCCGCCACAGAGAGAAAGGCGAAGAGAUCUGCGUGCCGCGACCCCCCUGCAGAGAUCGCUCGUGGUGUCCUCCCCGUCGCGUUCUAUGUUUUCAUUUGCUUCUCCUCAGGGCGCGGUUUCUGUAUCCGUUGUGAAAAGCAGGAGAAGCCGGAGCCGAGUGCAGUCAGCCGGUGGGGAGAAGAAGCCAGGCGACAGCUCAGGAAGAGGCCGGCGCGGACCCCGUCGAGAACAGGAAGGAAACCGUUCUGCGUCUGGACAUGCGCUGCACCUCUCCACCUUGGGGGGCUUCAGCCCCAGAUCGGCGGGGAGUCCGCGAGCUGAGGGGCCUCUGAGGCUCUCAGCCUCGGGCCAGUAUCCGGCUUCGACCCCGCUCCAGAGAGCCGAGAAGAAAGGCGAGGAUGUGGACAAUCUGAUUUUCUGGUCGCCGCCUCCUCACCAGGUCAGUCCGCAUUUCCCUCAGAACUCUGGGUGGGGGGGCACCAGCCCACCUCCGCGGGUCUUCAGUCCGUGCUUUCCCGUCUCCUUUCUCCCAGUGUCGGGCAGCGCGACUUCUUCUCCACCCUUGUCGGCGUCGCCCCACCGAGCCUUCGAGCCGAGUUCGCCGCUGCCGUCGCUGGUUUUUCUCUCGCCGCGCCACACGCAGUCGACGCCGCCUACGCCCGCUUCACUUGUCUCCCCGCCUCGGUCCCUGCCCCUUCAACAAGCCGCGAGCUCCGAUCUCGCUGCUUCUCCGGCACACUCGAGGGUGCUGCGAAGCUCGGGCGUCGGCCUCGCCCCGCCGUCCCUGGCGCAACUCGAGGACGUCUUAGGUCUGCGGACGAAAGACACAGCCUCGCUGCCAUUCGCCGCAACUCCAGAGUCCCCCGCCGCCCUCCCCCACCGUAUGCAAGUCGCCACCCUCGGCGCCGCCGACCUGGGCCGCACCGCCUUCCCCUGGGAGCGAGACCUGCGCGGCCCAGCCCCGCACGAGGCCGCCGGUCUGGACCCCGCGGCCUCCCUCGCUUCAGGAGCUUCAGAGGUUUUACCGCGAUCAACGGCUUCGGCGGGUGUCUCUGGCCUGAAUGCGCCGAAGAAGAAAGACCCCCAGGCGUUGCACCACGCGGCAGUCAUUGCGUGCGUGAGCCGCCUAGUCGAGUCCUUCCCGCCGAGCUCCGAACUUCACAACGGGUACGGACCUCUCACCAUCCCCCCUCACUGGCUAGCCACCUACGCUCCGACGUCUCGAGACAUGCAAAAGUACGCCGCCGAGUUUCAACAGACCAGAAUCGCGAGCGCUUCUGUGCACCGUGAGACAAACGGAUCAGAGCACGGAGACGGACACCGCGAACAAGAAGACCAAGCCGAAGGAAAAGAAGGUAGAAAAGAAGCUGAAGGGGUAGAUUUUGCGGGGGGAGGAAGUGCAACUGUAGGGGAAGAAGGGUGUGAGCGGGCGCCUGGGUUGUCGGACGGGAGCGGCGAGGUUCGGAUCGAGAAGAGACUGGAAGAAUGGGUGCGUCUGGGAGGAAAUUUGGGGGAGUUUGAGCGAAUCUUCGACCUGCAGCUUCCCGCAGUCUCGUUCGCAGCACCCAGUGCAGUUUACGUCGUAGAAGAGCUCGUCGGAAAAGGCGCCCAUGGCGCGGUUUUCAAGUGCACGCGGUACCGGAAGGCGGCUCGACCGGAAGAGAAGACUGGAGGGAGUUUCCUCGGGGCGUUUGGAAAGAAGGUCUCAGAGGCGCGUGAGAAGAAAGCGGAGGAGACGAGACCUGGGGUCGAGAGGCCGGAAGGAGCCCGCCAGGUGUCUGACGGAGACGAGAGAGACGGCGCAGAAGAAGACGUUGAGGAAGACGAGGUCGCCCUCAAAAUCAUCGACCUCGACGGAGCGCUCCAGCUCCAAGGCGCGACCGACAAAGAAGCGCGGGUGAACUACUUGAAUCAGGUCAUGCGAGAAGUUGACGUUCUAAAACAGUGCAAUCACGAGGGCAUUGUCAAAAUGUAUGAAGCCUUUCAGUGGCCUCCCUGCUACCUCGUCUUCUCCAUGGAGCUCCUGCCUGGCGGAUCUCUGCGCGACUUGUACGCCUCGGCAGGGCCGCUUCCAGAGCCCCUCAUCGCGGCUCUUCUACAGGAUGUUCUCAAGGCGCUAAAGUAUCUGCACAACGGCGGCGAAGCGGAAGCUGCAGGAGCGAGAAACGAAGGGAAACACAAGAACGCAGAAGAGGUGGGCGCGAGGCCGGAAGCCGAGGAGACAGGAGACGGACCUUCUGCAGAAGCCGCGCGCGCGGCGAAACAGCCCCGUCGCAUGCACCGCGAUUUAAAGGCUUCCAACAUCCUCAUUUCCGCAGAAGGCCGAGCCAAGCUCAUCGACUUCGGCGUCUGUGCGGACAUUACAGAUUCACUGUGUACGGAGUUUGUGGGGACUCCCCAGUGGAUGGCGCCUGAGCUGGCGCGUCUGGGGGUGGAGAUGGGGCGUCGGAAGCAAGAAAGCUCCAGAGACUUGCCAGGUCCAUCGAGUUUGGAGCAGACGCGCAAGUCGCUAAAGUCUCCCGGCUUCGGCGCGAGCGAAGGGUACGACUUUCGCGUGGAUCUCUGGGCUCUCGGGAUCACGGCGUACGAGGUGGCGGUUGGCUCGCUGCCCUGGCCCCGGCGCAUGCGUCUGGAGGACCUCUUGGGGACGAUUUUGGAGGGUUCGCCGCCGCGAAUCAACUUGAACGAGGGGUACGAGAAAACGUUUUGUUUCUUCGUCGAACGCUGUCUGCGGAAGAACAGCGAGGAGCGAGGUACGGCCACGGAGCUGCUCCAACAUCCCUUCUUCAAGAAGUUCUGCGCCUCGAGUCGCAGCCGGCCGGCGUCCCACCAGGAGUUGCGCGAGGCGAUUGAGGUCGCGAACGGAAAGCGCAAGGCGAACGUGCUCUCGAAUCUCCUCAAGUUCAUCCCGUUUUUUCGGAAGCCGCAGCCCACCAACGGACGCAAAAAAGGCACCUGCAGCCGACUCCACCGCUUCAAGAUCGGCCGACAGGCGAUCCAUGGGUCUCAGUCGAUGGACCGCGGGAAGCUUGAGGCGGAGCUCGCGGCUCACGUCACAUGCAGCCCCGCGACGACGGGCCAGUGCGCUCCGAAUCUCGACGUUUUUACGCAUCACCCGACAGCGGAGCCUCAAGCGUUUCGCGGAAACCACGACUCUCUCUUCUCCCAAGUCGCAUGGCCUCACCAGCCCUCUCUGCCGUCACCCAGAGGCUCAGGAGGCUCUGCGGAGCUACGCGUUGGGGACGCGUCGAGGAGCUUGCACUUCGCCUCCGGCGUUAGAGAUGGAGAGCCCCAGCUCCCCGCACAGACUCGCCGCGGCGGAGAUUCCGAGGCCACAGGACCCUUCCUGCAAGACCCUCGCCCCUGUCGCUCCGACACUCUGGAAACCAGUCCCCUCCCUGGACCCUAUGCGAAUGCGGAGUUAUCCAAGGAGGUUCGCGAUCCCGCAGACGCUGCCCCGGAGACUGUGAAUGCCGGGGAGAGUUCGGAGCCGUCGCCUCCUGAGGACUGUGUUGCGGGAUUAAGACAGCCCAGGGGAGAAGGAAGCGAAGAGGUGGUACAAGAAGGGCAAACGGCGACGGUCGAUAGAACUAGAGAAAGAGAGAGACACUCUCUCGUGUGGGCGAAGAAUCUGGAAGGAGCUCGCGACCCGCGGGUCGCGGCUACGACGGACUGCAUGCAGUCUGCCUUAAGGUCGGAUGAAGACGGAGACAAGGGAGAUUCCACGCCGUCGGCGCAGCUUUUGGAAGAGCCCCAGAGUUGCUACGGGACGCCGAAAAACGAAGGAUUUCCUGCAGACCCCUCUCUGGGUGACUGCGGGGCGACUUCAGAGGCGCCAGCGGUUCGCGGGGAAGACUUGGUUCUUGGCGCGACAUUCCACGACAUCCCUGAGGGCGCGGAGAAGCGGGAGGAGGUCCAGAGAACGGAAACAGAGGCAGUUGAAGACUGGAAAGAGACAGAAGGAAGCGAUGGUAAAGAAGACGCGGGAACGGCGAGUUUGGCGGUCGGCGAGAAGCGAGACGAAAGGAGAGAUCUGCAUACCCCAGAGAGCUGCGAAGGAGCGAGGGAAGCGCAGACCGGGGGAUUUUUCGCCUCGCUCUUCUCCAACGUCGGCCUGGGUAUCUUCGGCGAAUCCAGUACGCAUGCGGGGCUAGACCAACGAGAAGAAGAAUCCGGAAAGGCCGAGACAACGUCCGACUUCGAGUCUCCGCGCUCGUCGUCCGCUGCUUCCUUGUUCGGACUGAAGCGCGAUGACACCGAUCUCCAUGACGACACUUGCGUUCCAGGGACGAAUGACCCUAUCGAACCCUGCUCGACCCCACCUUCUUCUUCGUCUUCGUCGUCUUCUUCUUCAUCUUCUUCAUCUUCGUCGUCUUCAUCUUCGUCUUCAUCGUCUUCGUCGUCUUCAUCGUCUUCGUCGUCUUCAUCGUCGUCUUCAUCUUCUUCUGUACCCUCGAGUUUGAGUCGCGGGGAGUCUGAGGAUGGAAGUCGUUUCGCGCCUCCGAGUCUCCCUGUCUCUGUCUCUGCGUUUGGAUCGACUGAAGUACAGGUUAUUGCAUGCGGGCCUUCAGAGGGUGGUAGCUCGCGAGUUGCGCUGCACCCUGUUCUUCUCAUGCGUCGAGCGGGGUCUGAAGAGAAGGCGAAUGCGUCCUCGUCUGCCUCCUCGUUCCCCACACCGAGUGCAGGGACUGUCUCUGUGUGUCCUGGCCGCACGGGACCGCUUCUCAGGCGGCGUUGUCGCAAAGGUCGAGAAGGCAGAGCCUCGCUGCUCGCGACAGAGAAAGGCCGCGACGGUGUCGGCGCGCAGAAGGCCGAAAAGGAACACAAGACGUCUCACCUGAAAGCCAGUCCUUCAAUCCCCAAACCGGCUGCGCCAUUUGCCUCGACGUCUUCUCCGUCUGUGUCUCAGGGGAAGAAGGCCGGAGAGGGCGGCUUGUUGUCUCUCUUUCGGCGAAGUCCAGAAGACCCUGGAAGUUUUGUGGAGACGGCUGCAGCCGCGCCAAGUGAGGCGAAGGGCGAACCGUCUCCCUCCGGCGGCGCGUUGGAGCCCAACGGGCCCGAAGCCGCGCCUCAGUCUCCCAAUCCGACGGACUCGGCGCUGUCUUUCCUUGUGCAGUUAUUCGGCGCGCGGCGCGAAAUCCGUGGUGCUGGUGAGGGCGCGGUUCCGGGAGAGACAAGCACACACACAGAGACGCUUUGCACUGGAGAGUCUUUGCCGACAGAAGAAGGCGAAAACGCCGAGGAACGAAGCGACGACGGGGUCCAGUGGGCGGAGCUUUUGGAGCCUCACGGCGGAGACGAGCCGGUCGCCGAGGGCGAGGAGGAGAGCAUGUUGUUGUCCUCUUUGGAGCGAGUCCCUUCACGACGUUUCUCAGAGGAAAGUGGAUCUCUGGGUGAAGCCUCUGAGGGCCAAGGGCUUCAGCCUCAAGCGCCCGAACGCGCCGGGAGAGAGGGAGAAGAGAGAGAAGAGGGAGAUAUCGAGGUAAAAGAAGAAGGAGUUGUCGGAGAGCGAGGGGAGCAGAAAGACGAGGCACGCGCAGCUGCGCCUUCCGGAAAUCUCGACGCCGCGGCGGUGAACACAGGGAUGCCUGGUUUAGCGGAGACGGACGGUGAACGCGAGAGAGAACCCCAGGAAGAGCAGAGCAGCGAAGAGAGUUCAAGCAAAGGAGAAACGCAUGCGACGCACGAGGGCGCAUCUCCUCUCGCAUGGCUGUGGCCGUUUGGCCGUUCCGUUUCAGGAAUGGCCGCCCCUCCUCCAUUUCCACGUGUUUCCUCUUCUUCUCCUGAAGCUUCUUCAACUUCUUCUGCUUCUUCUUCUUCCACUUCCAACUCAUCCCUUCCGUCAGCUUCCUCCUCUUCUUCUCUUCCUUCAGCUUCGUCUUAUUCAACUUCGUCAGCGUCCUCAUCCUCGUCUAUGGGUUCGUGUUCCGUUGCUCCAGCGUUGGCAACUUCUCCCUCCUCGUCUUCCUCCUCGUCUUCAGCAGAGCCGGUCGGAGAGACGCACUUUUGUGCGAUGCUCGAGAGUCCGACAAUUCAGGGAAAUAGUGUCUCCGGCGGCCUCGAGGCUCUUCAGAAGUGUAGAGUCCUUCCCAAAACGCAUGCAGACAGCGGGGAGGCGGGGGCCCGUGGCUCUGCGCCCAAGCCUCCGGCCGCUCUUCUCCAGGCGCCAGAGGCUGAAUCAAGUCCCUCGCCAGGAGGAGGACGACAGGGCGACGCGCCUGCAGCCUGUCAAGACGGUGAGGCCCACCUCUCAGGUUCUGCAGCCGCAGCCAGUGGUGCAGCUGUGUCGGAGCCGGCGGGAGAAAGAGCGGCGCAGGAAACAUCGGAGAGGAAAGGAGAGUCGUCGCUCUCGUCGCCCACGCGGUGGCCUUCGCUCCUGUACAAAUCCUUGGUGGACGGGUGGACAGGAGGCGCCAACGCUGCUCGCAAGCAGGAAGAGCCCAACGGGGGCCUGGGGGGUCCGGAAGCUUCCGCGACCUCCGAGGAAGCGGUGGAGACGCGACAGAACCUGGUUUCUGUCGACCGGUCUGAUGGGGCUUGUGUUGCCACUGGCCAUGGAACUUCUCUCUGGAGUGGCAGUGAACGAUUUGCGGCCGGUGGACGCAUCAGCUUGCCUGCAGGUUGGGGCGUCUGGGAGCCUCCACGAGAAGGGAGGACCUCUGCAGGCACAGGAUACGUCCAGGCGUCGCCGCCUUCGCAUGCGUCGCCAUGCGCAGCCCCCGUGGAUGCCCUCUGCGGGUCAACAGGCCCCACGGGAUCUGGCGAGCCGUGGAGCGCCCUGCCCGGCUGGGGCGCGGGGGGACCGCUGGGGCCUCGCGGCAAGGAGGAGGCACAGAGGCAGGAAGGAACGAAGCCGACGAGGAGAUUCGGCCUCCCGCCUUUCCCUGACCUGGUGUCCAUGCCUGCGUCGUUCGCAGUUGAGGCCCACUGUCUCAGGAGCGGGGAGGUAAAGGCCUGGGCCGGUCAAGAGCGCAGGGAGGAGGACCUCAAGAAGGCACCGCCGCUUCCUGCUGCGUCGCUGGGUGGAAGAAACUCUUCGUCUCAGGGACGAGGAAGCGGGGAAGAACAUUCGAGAGCUCUGAGCCAUGUGCAGUACAGCCAGGCGACGUCAUGUUCUUCUCCCGUUUUUUGGGCGCAGUCUGGACAAGGAGCCGGAGACCAAGGAGCUGAGGGGUCAGGCGACUCGAUGUGGGGGGGUUCAUGUUCUUUCUCGACUGACGGCGUUGCCGGAGUCGGCUCGAGUCGCGCGGGAGAGACGCCGCAGGGCGUUGCCGCUGGCGCUGUCUCCUGCGCUGACCAGCCGACAGUUCCUUUCCCGGCUGUGGCGUUUUCUGGAUUUUCCUCGUCUGCUCCCCAUUCGUAUCUUUCUUCCAGUCUCGCGACCCAACCGACAGGAGUGACGGUUGCGUGCGGGCCUGGAGCGCCGCCUGGAGGCGCAGGGCGACAGGGGGGUCGGGACCGCCCCGCGGCCUCGGUGCCGGCGUUCUCCGAGCUCCAGAGUCCAUGCGGUACCAAGACAGGGGAAUCCCUCAAGGGUGCGUCUGUCAGAGGUGACGCCCAGGAGGCGCAGACUGUGAAGCGAGAGGAGCUUGACGACCUGAGACCCGCAGAAGGCGUCCAACGGCACUUCCAGGUUGUGCAGGCGACUCGACCGGACGGGUGCGUCGACGCAAAGCUGUUGAGAUUGAUUCAAGAAACCUACAACCGGAAACUCGACAGACGCUACCAGGCACAGAGUCUUGGCGGUGCGCAUGCGCCUCCUUCGCAGCAGGAGCUUGUCUGGAAUCCGACGCAGCGCCGGCGCAGUCUCGGCCCAGCGUUGACGGCGCCUUCGAGCGGACAGGGAACUCAGGCAACUGUGCCGGCGGCAUCUGUAGAAAAGAACGGGUCUGCUAUCCCCCCGAUGCCGUACGGUUUUGCCGCAGUGUUGCAGGGUGCGGGACCGCCUUUACCAUCCGGAGGAUCUCCGAAGCAGCGUGCUGUUUCGCAGGAUUUUUCUUCGGCAGCGAACUCCGGGGAAUCGGGACGCCAAAGUCGCGCAAGACUCCACGAACUCGCGGAGCGGGAAGCCGCGAGUCUGCCCGCGGCCGAAAGCAGAGUGGCGCGACCCGUUCGCCCGCUGGCGCCUUCCCAUGAGAGAGGACCGCUGUUAGUCAGACUGCCUUCACCGUGCACUCUCGUCUCGGGGGGAUCCAGCGCUUCGGAAACGUUCCCCGCAGAAAAUAUAUCUGGCGAACGACGGGCGUUCCCGAGUGUACAUACACCUGGCGGUCCCGGCUGCAGCGGCCUUGCACAUGUUCCUUCAGUUUCGCGAGCGCAGAGCGGCGGAUUUCCAGACACGUUGGCUGCCCGCGGAUCGGUUCCUCGCGCAGGCGUGGAGCCGCGAUGUUUUGUUCCGGGUGCAGACGCGGUUUCCGCGUGGAACGGGUCUUCGGGGGAGGCGAGGUCCCUGCCGCAGAGCGUAGCGGGUGCUGCCGCUUGUGCGGUUCAGACCGCGGCGCCACCUGGGAUUCCGCGGCCUGCGCCACAGGUUUAUAUCCGCGCAGGGGGAGGGCCGGUUUCUCCGUACCCAGGGCAGAGCGGCAACGCGGGCCAUAUUCUCCCGCCGACCGACUACGCAGGAAAACGCGUUUUCCAGGCGGAGCGACAAGUCGCGCCGGCGGCUGUGGAGCCAGCGUCCGGAAGGCAGGGGCGACGAGCACCAACAGCUGACGAGACAGUCCGCAGGGAGCAGCAGAGAAGCAAGGGAAGCGCGAAGCAUUUUGCGGCCUCAGAGUGA